UUCCUCGUCUCCCUCUCACACACCUGUGGCGAUGGAGUGUGACGGCCACGUUUUGCUGCUGCUGUCUGUGAUGCUCCUGACGGGGCAAGGUUCUGCACAAGGUUCUGAAUUGUCCUUCACCAUAGACCAUGUGAGCCUGUCAGUGUUGCCAGGUCCCGAUGUGCACACGGGCACCAACGUCACACUACGAUGCCACGUACAGGUGAGCCACAGUGCCCAGUGGCUGAUGCAUUCCUUCAGCUUCCUAUUGGAGGCUGUGGAGGUGCACGCCCACAACAGCACAGACAGCCAAUCGGAUUACAGCCUGCUGCCGGCCCGCGCCGCCCACUCUGGGGCCUACAGCUGCCGCGUGCGUGUGUUGGAGAAGGAGAGGAGCAGCCCCGACACACACCUCAACGUCUCAGGUAGCACACACACACACACCAGCCGCGUACGUGUGUUGGAGAAGGAGAGGAGCAGCCCCGACACACACCUCAACGUCUCAGGACUGACGACCCCGUUGCUGACGGUGGACUCCGCCGUCAUCUACGAAGGUCAGGAGGUCAAGGUCAGUUGCCUGGCGCCGGACGAGAAGGGCCCGCUCAAGUUCCAACUGGAGGUCAACGGCGAACGCAAGCGCGACUUCACCAACGCCCAGAACCCCGUCUCACUGCAGAUGAACACUCCCGGCCGCAUGACGCUGCGCUGUAGAAUGAGGCUGCUCCUGAGGCCUGAAGCCGGAGAGACCAUCAGCAACCUCGUUACCAUCACUGUGAAGGAGUUGAUGGUGACCCCGACGGUGACCUUUGAACCCGCGUCGGGGGUGGUGGAGGGUGACUUCCUUAUGGUCCGCUGCUCCGUACCGACCUUCUCAGAGCUGCCGCGCAACGAGCGCGCACGCCUGGAGAUCUUCCUGACCAAAGAUGGCCGCGUACUCAGGCAAUUGACGGGCAGGGCAGAGGUGCCCCACCAGUUACGUGCCGUGGCCUCGGACGCAGGGACCUACGUCUGCAAGACUGAGAUGCAGGGAGGAAACCUGCAGAAAACUGCCAGCGCCACUACAACAGUGACCGAGCUGUUCUCAGCCCCUGAGGUGUCCGUGCGCCCCCCGGUGGUGUUCGAGGGCGACAACUUCACGGUGUCCUGCUCCGUGCGGCGCCUGGUGGAGAACCGGGAGGCCGUGCUGCGAUACCGCCUCUUCCACCAGGGGGCGCUGCUGCACCACGGGCAGCACUACACGGUCACGGCCGCCGUCAACGCGCACACGGACACCAACGGCCAGUACGUCUGCCAGGCCGAGGCCAAGGAGAUCCUACGCAACAGCACCGCGCUCAGUGUCACCGCCAGGAUCUUGGCCUCUCAGCCGGCCAUCAGCGCAAAGGGCGGGGUCAUAAUCGGGAGGCCGUUCCAAGUGGUUUGCCGUAGCGACAGAGGGAGCCUUCCCGUGACCUUCACCCUGAUGAAAGGUCAAAGGUCAUUGGGGUCGCAGGAGGUCAACGCCCUCUCGGCCGUCUUCAACGUGUCGGCGAACGCCGUGAGAGACGGGGCGGAGCUAGCCCAGCUGAACUGUCGCGCAGCCAAUCACCCGGACCGAACGCCACUGCAGAGCCCGCCCCUACAGGCCAGUGUCAUAGGUGAGUGACACCUUAGUCAUCCAAUCACCCGGACCGAACGCCACUGCAGAGCCCGCCCCUACAGGCCAGUGUCAUAGGUGAGUGACACCUUAGUCAUCCAAUCACCCGGACCGAACGCCACUGCAGAGCCCGCCCCUACAGGCCAGUGUCAUAGUUCCCAUCUCCAAUGCCUCGUUGACUCUGGAGCCGUUUGGGGGCGGGAUCACGGAGGGCUCCGACCUGCGCCUCACCUGCACUGCACUCAAAGGCUCCGCCCCCUUCACAUUCACCUUCAU